CUUUACAUAUGGAUGUACUGGACGCUCUUCAGUCGCUCUGAGCUUCGGACGGGGAUGAGUUCGGUGGUUCAUCUCUCCUCCCGCCGCUAUCUUCUCACUUGUGCUUAACUAUUUUUUAAAAGGAGACGAACGUGAGAAAGUACGCCUCACUUUUUUCCCCUCGUUUGGAGAGGACGGUUUUUGACGGAGCACGAAGCUUGAUGCUAAGGUGGAUCUCUCGCUUGUAGGACGUCUUUUAAAAGUACUAAGUCAGCGGCUCUACCGUCUUGUGACACUGGGGAAAGGCUCUGGUCAGCCUGAAGCGAAGGGUCACUGAGCUCAGACACUCUUCUUCCACUGACUCACAAAUUACACACUCACGGGGGGGGAGUCACACACUGACACAUCAGUGCAACGACGCAGACACUCAGUUUACACACUUGGGCAAACACACAUACCCUCAUCCUUGCACAUAGACAUCCAAACACAGGCCCCUUGAGCAGGAUGAGGGAACCUUGGAGGUACCUGCUGGGCCUGUGCCUCCUGGCAUGCUCAACCUUCACCCACAGUGCCGCUAAUCCCUUCACAGGACAGCAGACUCCUCCAGACCCCUGCUAUGAUGACACCGGUGCAGCACGCCGGUGUAUCCCUGAGUUUAUCAAUGCUGCCUUCGGCAAGGAGGUGAUGGUUUCCAGCGUGUGUGGCCGACCUCCCUCCCGUUCCUGUAGCGUGGUGGAGCGGGGCGACGAGCGGCCUUCUGUACGCACGUGCCAAAUCUGUGACGCAGCCGACCCUCGCCGUGCCCACCCGGCUUCCUACCUCACCGACCUCAACUCGGCCCACAACCUCACCUGCUGGCAGUCGGAGAAUCUGAACACCUCUCCGUACAAUGUGACUCUCACCCUUUCGCUGGGUAAAAAAUUUGAGAUUACCUACGUCAGCCUGCAGUUUUGUUCACCACGACCCGAGUCCCUGGCCAUAUACAAAAGCAUGGACUAUGGCAAAAGCUGGAUGCCCUACCAGUUCUACUCCUCGCAGUGCCGCCGCAUGUACAACCGACCCAACAAAGCAACCAUCACCAAGCAGAAUGAGCAGGAAGCUCUUUGCACAGAUGGUCACACUGACCUUUACCCGCUGUCUGGAGGGCUUAUAGCUUUCAGCACUCUGGAUGGACGGCCUUCUGGUAAAGAUUUUGACAACAGCCCAGUUCUUCAGGACUGGGUCACCGUCACUGAUAUCCGUGUGGUCUUUAGCCGGCCGCAGAUGCCCCGGGAGUUGGUUCUAGGGGCCGGAGGCAACACUGGAGGGAGGGAUGAUGACCCCAUGGCAGUGACAUCAACACUCCCAACUUAUUUCUAUGCAGUGGGAGACUUCCAGGUGGGCGGGAGGUGUAAGUGCAACGGCCAUGCCUCACGCUGUCUGAAAGACAAGGAAGGUAAACUGGUGUGUGACUGCAAACACAACACGGAGGGACCUGAAUGUGACCGCUGCAAGCCCUUUCACUAUGACCGACCUUGGCAGAGGGCCAAUGCUCGCGAGGCCAAUGAAUGUCUGCCGUGCAACUGCAACCUCCACGCCCGCCGGUGUCGAUUCAACAUGGAGUUGUACAAGUUGUCAGGGAGGAAAAGUGGCGGGGUGUGCAUGAAUUGCCGCCAUAAUACCGCAGGACGCCACUGCCACUACUGCAAGGAGGGCUUCUACAGGGACAUGGCCAGACCAAUCACCCACAGGCGAGCCUGCAAAGCUUGUGACUGCCACCCUGUGGGCGCAGCAGGCAAGACAUGCAACCAGACCACAGGCCAGUGCCCCUGCAAGGACGGUGUCACGGGCAUCACCUGCAACCGCUGCGCCAAAGGGUACCAGCAGAGCCGCUCGCCCGUGGCCCCCUGCAUCAAAAUCCCUGUGGUCAACCCCACAGCUGUCGUGAGCAGCACAGAGGAACCAGCAGAUUGUGAGUCCUACUGUAAACCAGUGAAAGGCAACUUGAAGAUCAACAUGAAGAAAUACUGCAAGAAGGAUUAUGCUGUCCAAGUGAACGUGCUGGACAUGGAGACGGUGGGUGACUGGGCCAAGUUCUCCGUUAGCGUGGUGGCUGUGUACAAGAGCCGGGGCGAACCCUUAAAGAGAGGUGACAACAUCUUGUGGGUACACAUGAAGGACCUUGCCUGCAAGUGUCCCAAAAUCCAGAUGAGCAAACGAUUUUUGGUGAUGGGUGGCGCUGAAGGUGGAACGGGCCCAGGAGCAGGUCCAGGAGUCGGGCCCGGAGGUGGAGCCAGCAGUCCAGGGGCGGAGCGCAUAGGCUUGGUGGCCGAUAAGAACAGCCUGGUGAUCCAGUGGAGAGACGUUUGGACGAGACGUCUGAGGAAGUUCCAGCGCAAGGAGAAGAAGGGGAAGUGCAGCAAAGCAUGAUUGGGAAAAGCAGCGUCCAUCCCUACCUCUCCCUCCACAGCACUCAAUCACAAAUCCUGACUCUUGACUUCUCUUAUCCCCGGCCACUCGAGUCCUUUCUUCUCCUCCAUUGUGGGAACGCUGCACAUUACAAAGACUGCAUGUACCCUGCCUGUUUUAAGGACCACAUUUUGUGUAUAUUGUAUAAUUAUUUUCAUUUUUAUUUUUCAAGUUUUUUUCAUUGUAAGGCCACUUGUCUAUUUGUCCGAUUGGUUUGCCUUAAAAAGGGACCAUUAAAAAGGGUGUGAAGUGUAGACAAAAGCAGGCGCCAUUUCCCCCCCUCGACGACGGCAACUGAACUGUCCAACCCCCUGCUAAAAAAUACAACCCCCUGACCUCCACCUGUCAAAACUGCCUGUCUUCUGCCAUUUUAAGGUAUUUCCAUGCAAGACUACCAAUGCUCACCCCUCACUGUUCUCUGAGGAUUUUAUUAUAGAGUGUUUAUCACUUCACAGACUGAUAUCAGCAACAAAACAAGCUACAGAUCUCCAGCUUGGCCACCUCACACUGAUGACCUUCAGAAUUUUCCUGUCAAAACAGGCCUAAUUUCUCAAGGUCUUUGCAGUAUCUUCUUUGGACUAUAGGACUUCUAUGUCCUACGAGGAACCAAGGGCUCCCUUUGCAGGGACAUUUUCCACAGCAAACCUCAGUCACACCACCACUGCUGCUGCCACCACCACCACCACACAGCCCUCACAGAAUAAACUGCUCACGUAGGCUCUUAUACGGUCAAGUGCCCGAUGUCACUGCUCAUACUAGAGUUUGUAUAUCUUGUGUGGCUACUUUGCUAUCUCAGCCAUCCACAUCCUUAUUUGAGAUGUGCCCAAUGCAACAAAGGGAUACGAGUGAGUCACAUCGCAGGCCUCUUCACCACUGUUCCCUCUUAUGAGUGGUUUAUAAAGUCACCAUCAUGACUCACGGCCUGUCACUUUGUGGAAGAUGAAGCGGCGCAGACCGAAUUUCAGAACAAAACCAACUUUUCCAUUGAGACUUUUGCGCUUCAUGGAUAUUCUCUUUGCUGGGUACAGCUCUUCCAGACGUUGCUGUGUGGCCAGCGUCACUUAUGUCUUUAAAAAUGGCCGAACAUUUCAUUGCGUUGACUGAUGAAGACUGGCAGGCUUUUGUUUGCUACAACAAGAGAUUGAAACAAGAGUUCCUUUUUCAUGCAGUAAAAACACAAAAACAAGUUGGA